CCGAGACGUCCACCAGGCUGCCAGCCCCCACACCGCCCGACUUCCAGCUCCAGUUCCCACCCGGCCAGGGGCCCCACAAGUCCCCCACGCCCCCUCCAACCCUCCACCUGGUCCCCGAGCCCACAGCGCCCCCCCCACCGCCUCCUCGGACCUUCCAGAUGGUGACCACCCCCUUCCCGGCGCUGCCCCAGCCGAAGGCUCUGCUCGAGAGAUUUCACCAGGUGCCGUCCGGGAUCAUUCUCCAGAACAAGGCCGGGGGGGGCCCCGCUGCCCCGCAGACCUCCGCCAGCCUGGGGCCCCUCGCCAACCCCACGGCCUCUGUGCUGGUCAGCGGGCAGGCCCCAUCGGGGACCCCCACCGCCCCCAGCCAUCCCCCUGCCCCGGCACCCAUGGCCACCACAGGCGUCUCUCCUCUGCUUCCCGCCGAGAGCAAAGCCUUUGCCAACAGCCUCCCGACCCUGAGUGUGGCCAAGGCCGCGUCAUCCGGGCCGGGGAAGUCCUCCGGGCUGCAGUAUGACAGCAAGCUGAGCGGCCUGAAGAAGCCACCCCCGCUGCAGCCCAGCAAAGAGGCCUGGUGAGUGGCAGGCCCGGCUCUGGGUCUUCCCGGGGCGGGUGGGGGACCACCCUUCAGAAGUGGGGUCGGGCAGGCCCGAGUCCAGAUGCCCGCUCCACCUGUUGUCAGCCCUGUGGGCUGGGGCACUAUGGGUCCCCUCAAAGACCCUCGGUUCCCCCUAGAAAAUAGGGUGGCCGGAGUAGUAAUAAUGGGGUGAGGAUUUGAUGAGACUGCGUGCACCGCUGGGCUGCUGGC